GUAACUUCUACCGCUUCAGCUUUCUUGUACAUCAAAUCUGGUCCUGGGUUAUACGUCCGAUUGCUUCUCGAAAGUCGUUGCUAUUGACCAGCAUUCUGGUACAGACGAAUAUCACAGGCAGCUAUGCCUUUUCUUCCUGCUCUCCGAGCGGUGUUGGCAUCGAGCUCUCCUAAAAACCUCGAAUGGGAUGACUACAAGCCCAUUAUCCGAAGCGCAGUAGCUGCUUGGAUCGGCGUAUUGCUCAUGAUCAUCCCUCGGACAUUGAGAGUUCUCGGACAAGCAUCUUUCCUGGUCCUCGUUGUCAUUUUUGCCAAUCCGCCAGAUGGCCCAGUCAUCAAGGUCAUCUACAAUGCCCUGUGGAAUAUGCUCUUUGUUGGAGCUGCCUGGGUCAUUUUCAUCGUCUCUUCACGCUCAGCAACAGCAGCCAGAAUCAAUGUGAUUAACCCACAAACGCUUCGGUUGACAGACUUCAGUGGGUACAGUUGCAACUCGACACCACAGGAAUGCUUCCAAGCGGCCAUUUUCGAAGGGCGAUUCGUCGAAGCUGGCCCAAGUCUUGUCUUUGCCGCUUUCCUCGCGAUUGGCGUUGCGGUUGCGCUUUCCAUUAAGGUGCGGUAUCCGCAGCGAGUAUUUUCAGUGAUCUUCUCGUUGGUCGCCCUCAUCAUCAGUCAUUUAUAUGGUCCGCUCUUCCCCUACUUCUAUCCCGCUUUAGGGCAGGUCUUUUUUGUUCCUGUCGCUGUUGGCAACGCAGUCAAUGUGGCUUGCAGUCUUGUAUUUUGGCCAGAAACAAUGUCGCAUGCAUACACUCGCCAGGUUGUAGCGCUCGUGGACAAGAUCCGGGUUCUAGCAGAGCAGCAAAAGCAAGUCAUGGAUAGCGAUCCAAACUCGAAUGAUUGGACUGAGCUUGGUGCAAUCAAGGCCCAGUUACGCGCUGUGCGUUCUGGUCUUGCAACCUUUCGACCGAAUGACUCUUUGCUUGAACGAGAGUUCGCUUAUGGCAGACAUGGUGCCAAAGACUUGCAGGGUCUCGUGCAUCGAUGCCGCGAUGUCAUCUUGAAGCUUGGCGGAUUCUCACUCUUCUAUGAUCUCGUAUCGUCGACCAUGGAAGCUUGGGACACAAAAGUCGACCAAGGCUUGAGCACUACGGCGCGACCAUCAUUCGAAUCGCCACGCAAUGGCACAGGCGAAGAGGCCGAUUUACAGGGUGCCUCCGCAAGUCACACACCUCGUUCUUCAUCUGAAGAGCAUGGCAAGCUCAGGCAGCCAAAGCGCAACAAGUCCAAGACAAAGCUGUGGCACGAUGCUUUGCAUCAUCGCCUCAAGCAAACCGGAAUUUUCGAGAUGAAUCAAUAUCAGGAGCACGAACAAAAGUUUCCUCGACGGCAAGAAGUUGAACUCACUGUCAGCAUGCUGAAAAUCUCGGCAGACGCAUCAACGCCGCUCAUAGAUGCUGUCUGUCUAGCCUUGUCGACGGUAUCCGAUAGUCUGAAGCGAACAAACAAAGACCGACUCUACAACAGAUUGUUCUUUCACGCCGACUACUCCUUCGACGGUCAAAGCCUGAAACAAGCUUCACUUGAACUGCAACAAGCUUUGGAAGCUUAUAAAUCCUCAGGCCGUUUGCAAAUGCUUGGACCUUAUGAAAAGCUGGCUGCGGAAGCUGCACUUCUCGAUGGCUUGUCCGAGAUCUCAUCUCGCCCGUUGCUCAGAUUUUUCUAUCUUGAAUUUCACUUGAUUAGGAUGGCGGAGAGCACAUUCAAGCUCUUACAAGGUAUUACCGAGCUCGGACACGAAAGGCCGCAUGCGAGAUGGCACUAUCCUGGUCGCUUCUUCACCUUUCGCCUGAGAGCUCAGCGUCAGCAUGAUCACGUCGAUCUACCGGUACAAGAAUACGACGACACUUUCGAACACGAUGAUGACCAUUUUCAAACUGAAGCCCGCGAUCCGGAUGCUGAACCGCCUUCGAAUAUAUUUCAUCUAGUAGGCCGUGGCUUUGUUCGUUUGGUUCACCUUCUCGAACGUCCAGACAUUGUCUUUUGUCUGAAGGGCUCCAUCCUCGUUCUGCUGCUGGCCUUGCCAGCUUUUCUCCGGCGAUCGGCGGGAUGGUACUAUGAUAAUCGCGGACUCUGGGCCGUCAUUAUGGCAGCAUUUAGUGUCAAUCCGCUCACUGGCGACGCCGUGUUUACCUUUGUUUUCAGAAUCCUUGGCACUUUUGCAGGUGCGCUCUUUGCGCUAGUUCUGUGGUACAUUUCAUGUGGCAACUCGGUCAAUGGGAACUACUACGGUCUAGGCGCUACGAUGGCAGUCGCAAGCUUUCCACUCGCCUACAUAAGAUUGCGAUUCGUCUACAUCAACCCGCAACCUGCCAUAUUCUUCUUGAUUACUGUGGCGCUGGUCGUUGGCUACAGCUGGCAAGAUGCAAAGAUGCCAUCGCAAGUCAACCUUGGUGUCGGAUGGUCGGUCGCAUGGCGAAGAGCGGUUCUCGUGUCUUCCGGCUGCACCGCUGCUUUUAUCUGGAACUUCAUCCCUCGUCCAACAACCGGUCGACAAGUCGUACGUCAACGAUUGGCGAAAGGUGUCCUAGAGAUAGGACGUGUCUUUACGGAAGCUUCAAACUAUGCACGUGGUCACCAAGGACGGACCAGAGAGGAAGGCAUCCGGAGAAUCGUCAUACGCGCCAACGAGAAGCUUCUUGUUCUCAAUCAGCGGCUGCUUUUCUCAUCAUUCGAGCCGCCGAUUUCUGGCCGUUGGCCUAAGGAGAAAUAUGUCAGGAUGCUAGGUCUUCAGCGCGAGUUGCUUGAUCUCCUUGUAGCAUUUGUCGGGUGUCUAACGAGGAUGGAUGAAGGCGGCGAGAGUGGGCGACAUUGGAUGAAGGCCAUGCUCUUAAGAACCGGGUGGUAUUCUCAGUCCUUCACAGGAGAUCUUCUGGCUUCUUUGUUUCUAAUCAGCCAUGCCAUCAAAACUGGCACGGCCCUCCCACAAAUUGUGCCCAAUCCUCUUCUCAACCGCUUCUAUGAUAAGAAGGAGGACAUUCCGGAUGACGAGCUGGACGGUCGAUUGCCACGGCGGCUCGACGCUACAGUACUGAGAAGUGAAGGAUACGCUGGGUUUGCGGUCGCAUCAACCAUAACCUUCGCUGUUGUCAAGCGCAUUGAUGCUUUGAUGCUUGUUACCAAAGAACUUGUGGGAGAGAGUUUCCACUCGACUGGCUGGCCUGUGAGAAAUAUGGACGACAAUUUGUAAACUUGAGGUACAUAAUUUGAAUGCGAAAGCAGGCGUCUAGUGAUGAAAAGACAUCAGCCUUUGCUUACCUCGGGCAGGAACAUCCAUGCCCGGAUGUCCUG